UUUUCUCAUAAACCGUAUAAAGAGGAUGGUUUGGGAUGGAUGUUCCUCAGCCGUAACACUCUUAUAAACCAAAGUUACAAUCUGUUCAUUCCCACCGUAUAAAUCCUUUUGUUAUAGUUUUUUGUAAUGGCCGAUCUCAUUGGUGACGACGAGAUCUCAAGAUAUGUUUCCGAUGUCCCACCUGCUCAUUAUACUGUCAAGAUAGAGUCGUUUUCAUUGUUAACAAAGAAUAAUGUGGAUCGGUUUGAAUCCGGGGAGUUUGAGGCAGGUGGCUACAAAUGGAAGUUGGUACUCCAUCCACAUGGUAACAAAAGCAAGAAUGGGAAUAACCACAUCUCUCUGUAUUUGGCGAUUGCAGGAACCGACUCCCUCCAACCGAGUUGGGAAGUAUUCGUUGUUUAUCGACUCUUUUUGCUUGAUCAGAACAACGACAACUACCUCACAGUUGAAGAUGGCAAGUGGAAGCCGAGGCGGUUUCGAGGAUUGAAGAAAGAAUGGGGUUUUGAUAAAUACAUUAGCCUAGAAGAAUUCAAUGAGUCCUCGAAUGGGUAUCUGGUGGAUGAUGUUUGUGUGUUUGGAGCUGAGGUCUUUGUUUGCAAAGAACAUUUCAAAGGCGGCAAAGGGGAGUGUUUGUCAAUGAUAAAGAGUCCCAUCAUUUACAAGCAUAUUUGGAAAAUUGAAAACUUCUCCAAGUUAGAUGCUGAGAGCUACGAAUCCAAAAUCUUCAAUGGAGCGGAUCAAAAAUGGAAAAUUCGAGUGUACCCACAGGGACAAGGCAGUGUCAAAGGCAGCCAUCUUUCGCUAUUUGUGGCACUGGCAGAUCCUGCCGCGCUGCAUCCUGCUACCAAAAUAUAUGCAGAGGUAACGUUGCGCCUGCAAGAUCAGGUUCAGUCAAAGCAUCAUUCUGGAAAAGUUUCGUAUUGGUUUAGUGCGUCGAACCCAGAAAUUGGAGGGCUUAGAUUCAUUCUCUUAAGCAACUUCAAGCAACCUAACAUGGGUUUUCUGGUGAAGGACAUUUGCAUUGUUGAGGCAGAGGUCAACGUCAUUGGAGUGGCCAAUGCAUUCUCUUGAACCCCCUCCUGUGCUCUGUUGCAAACCAUAAAUAACAUCAUAUUAUUCUCAUCCCUUGUACUUUACGUGUAAAUGAAGUACUGGUCAUGAUCUUAACUUUAAGUAGACGGAUUUACGAUGGAAGCCAACGUAAUUUUAUGAAACAACUGUAUGCAUACAACAUGCCAUUGAAAUUGAUAUGAUUUGUUUAUAAUCAGAAACUAAUUAAUUGGAACCA